GGUACACCCACUGUUCGUCAACAUAAAUAUGACCCAAGAAGAGAAAUUCAUUGUCACGAAGAAAAGCUGUAUCGAUUGGUAAAAAUGAAACCAAUUCAAAUCAACGCACAACUUUUAUAAGAGUUCUAAAGUUCCUAUGGCUCGAAAAAUUCGUUUGCGUUGGUGUACAUAGAAAACGGGAUAGAACAGUGAAUCACACAAGAACCUGCCGUUGACAGUAUCAUCACAAUUGUUCUUGUUUACUUUUCAUUCCAACCUAACUGAUAAGCGAGAACAAAAAAAAGAAGCUGGCUACGCGUUAAUCUAUACUGCUGCAAUGAGUAGUGUUUACUCAUCCUCCACUAUCUCGACUGGUGAUCAAGAAGAAAGUAGUGUAUCCAGAGACAGAGGUAUUAGCCGAGCGCAAAACGUACAAUUCGAUGAUACGAUGAGACCCAUACGCCCUUACGUUUCGAGCCAGCGAACCAGAAGCAACAGUGACAUGGCGGUGGAAACAAAGGAACCAACUGACGACGAGGGCAUCGUUGAGUCUCCCGUACUGCAGGAUGCCCGCAUCAACGAGAUGGAAGAACGAUUGAGGCGGAAGUUGCAGUUUUUCUUCAUGAAUCCAAUCGAAAAAUGGGAAGCGAAGCGACGUUUCCCUUACAAGUUUGUGGUACAAGUUAUCAAAAUAGUGCUCGUAACACUGCAACUGUGUCUUUUUGCGCAUUCCCGAUACACGCACGUGAACUACACAUGGGACAACACGGUCACCUUUUCACACCUCUUCCUCCGCGGCUGGGAUAUCACGAUGGAGGUCAACAACUAUCCACCCGAGACAGGCCCGCUAUCGGUGUACAUGAUCGAUGAGUUCUUCAAAACGAUUGAUUACGCUGCAGCAGGAUACGCCAACCUUCCUCAGGCGAUCGGGCCCUACUCCUUCCCAACCGAGGACAAUACGAUGGCACCCAUGCGAUUGUGUCUGUACCGGUACAAGGAUGGUACUAUCUUUGGAUUUAACGAAAGCUACGUAUUUAACCCGGAAAUUGACACACUGUGCGUGGAUCUGUAUCAGAACGUGACCACAAACGGGAGCCAGGCGUACCUGCACGAUAAAGAUAUUCAUAUCAACUUCUCGGCGUUAGUAAAGGCGGAAUUGAAAUUUGCCAUCAAAACUGUUAAUUUCAAGGCGGCGGGGCCAAUAACAGCUCCCGAUUGCUAUCGUUUCGAUAUAAUGAUUUUCUUCAACAACCAAGACCACGAUGGCCAAAUGGUACUUCGGCUGGAAGCAGAACCUACACGGUUGGUUUGCCACGGCGAUGUAGAGUUUAUCAAAAACUCACAAAUAGACGACGCACUGCGCAGCUUGUUGAACAUUCUAGUGAUCGUGAUAUGUCUGGUUUCGUUUGCUCUCUGUGCACGUGCCAUUUUUCGUGCCCAGAUUUUGCGGCUGACUACUUGUGAUUUUUUCAAGCAAGCCUAUGGCAAGGAUCUUAGCUGCGAAGGCAAAUGGGAGUUCGUCAACAUGUGGUACAUCAUGAUCGUAUUCAACGACAUACUGCUUAUUAUUGGAUCGGCACUUAAGGAGCAGAUUGAAAGGAAGCACUUUAUUGCAGACGACUGGAACGUUUGCUCCCUGCUUUUGGGUGUGGGCAACUCGUUAGUUUGGUUCGGUGUUUUGCGUUACCUUGGAUUCUUCAAAACGUACAAUGUCGUCAUACUAACACUGAAGAAGGCUGCACCUAAAAUUAGCCGAUUUUUGCUCUGUGCUCUUUUAAUCUAUGCUGGCUUCACCUUCUGUGGAUGGCUGGUGCUUGGACCGUACCACAUUAAGUUUCGUUCGCUUUCUACCACCUCCGAGUGUCUGUUCGCUCUUAUCAACGGUGACGAUAUGUUUGCAACCUUCUCGAUCAUGUCGGAAAAAUCAUUGAUGCUGUGGUGGUUUUGCCGAAUCUAUCUGUACUCCUUUACCAGCCUCUAUAUAUAUGUGGUAUUAUCUUUGUUCAUAUCCGUCAUUAUGGACGCGUACGAUACGAUCAAGAAGUAUUACAAGGAUGGUUUCCCGCAGUCCGAUCUUCGACUGUUUGUUGGACCGAUCAGUCCUAAUGACUUCUCUAGCGGUGUUUUCCGGGAGCACGAAGAAUUCGAUCUGGAGAACAUGUCGUUUUUCGAUGUGGUAAAACGCAUAUUUUGUUUUUCCACCAGGACUAACGGCCCAACUGGCUACACAUCAUUAUUACCAAAGGCUUCUUCUUCAAGCUAUGUCAACAAUUAGCCAAUUUCAAAUCUCUUCAGUAUCGUUGUUCAUUAAUUUGUUAUGAAGUAUGCAAUAAAUUUUAAAAAGCCAUAAAAAAUA